AGGGAGGCGUCGCUCGUCUCUGGAUUUACCGAGAGGAACGGAAAAUGGCGGAUCUCGAGGACGUAACUCUGGACGGGAGACCGCUCCAGUCCCUUCGAGUUGCUGAUUUGAAAGCUGCCCUUGAAGAAAGGGGACUUUCCAAAAGUGGACAGAAAAAUGCUCUCAUCAAAAGACUCAAGGGGGCCCUCAUGCUGGAAAAUUUGCAACGAACCUCCACAGCCCAUGUUGGACUCCAGCCCAAUUCUCAGAUUGGUGAAGAAAUGAGCCAGAAUAGCUUCAUUAAGCAGUAUCUGGCUAAACAACAGGAACUCUUGAGGCAGCGAUUGGAGAGAGAAGCCCGUGAAGCUUAUGAAACAAAUGAUCAAGAGGAUCACAAUGAUGUUAAUAACAGCACCUGUACUCCACAAGUCCAGGAUGCUUCACCUGCUGUGACUGACCAUUUCAAACCACCAGGCCCCUCUAGUGGUCAUGCAAUGCCAGAGGGAUUGACUCACAGACAUCAGGAGGCUGCCAUGUCACGUCCACCUGCCUCUGGCUCUGUGACUCAAGACCGAAGUGACACAGCAGCUGACAGUGAUGAAGAUGAUAGUGAGGAUGGAGAGGAUGAUGGUGAUGAUGAUGAUGACUGGGACAGUAAAGUUCAGGGAAGACUCCCCAGACAGCCAGUGAGAGCACCCAUGGUCAGGGAGAGAUCUGCAGCAUCUUGCCAACCUCAACAGCAACAUAUUCCUUCACUUUUGUCUCCUCAAUUGCGCCAGCCAACACCUCCACCGUCUCCACCACCAGAGUUAUCUUUUCCUUUACCUGACACCCCUAAGCAGAGUCCCCCUAGUCCUGAUGAAGCUCCAGGACGUUCUCCCUCUUCCUCCAGCUCAGGUUCAUCAAGCAGUGGCAGUCGUAGCAGCAGCCCUGAACCUCAUGGUGGACUUUCUGAGCGCAAGCCUGGCCCCUUGACGCUUCUAGCAAGAAAAAUGGAGUCAGAAGGUGCUUUCUCUGGAGCCGAGUGGCAUAGCCGUGAUGUAAACAGGCAAGACAACUGCUCUUCUUCAAUUUUGUUUCCCAAUCAAGUCUGCCCAGAGGGUUUGGUGUCCUCUGUCCUUCAUAUGCCAACUUCAAGCCAUGCACCAAUUAAUCUAGGCUCAAACAAAAGCAAUGUCCAAGCCCCUGUAAGUGUAUUGAAGGCAACUGCAGAGAGAGAGGCUGAAUUAGAAAGAGAAAAGGCUCUCGAGCUGCGAAGGAAAGAACAACAAAGAAAACUUGAGCAAGAACGGGCUAUGGAGGAGGAACGGGUAAGAGCUGAACAACAGAAGGCUUUCGAGAAAGAACAGUUGGAACGGGAAGCGUUAGAAAGAGAAAAAGCUCUGCAAAUGAAGAGGGAACUUGCUUUAGAAAGAGAAAAACAGGAAAGGGAGAUAGCGUUGGCUAAAGAGAGAGAAGAGAAGGAACGGGCAUUGGAGCUUGAACGAAAAAGGGCUCUAGAGAGACAACUGGCUUUGCAGCAAGAACAAGAGGAACGUGAACAGCGCCAGAGGGAAGAACAAGAAAGGGCUCAGGCUUUGGAGAGAGAGAGAGUUCUGGAGCAAGAAAGAUUAGAAAGAGAGCGGAUAGAGAGAGAGAAGGUUUUGGAGCAAGAAAGACUGAAACAAGAAAGGCUGGAGAGAGAGGCGGCUUUGGAGCGUGAGAGGUUGAGAAAGGAGAGAGAACAAGCUUUAGAACAGGAAAGGAUUGAACAGGAAAGAAUUGAGCAAGAAAGGCAAGCACGAGAAGCUGCUUUAGAACAGGAGAGAAUUGCGCAAGAAAAGGCUCAAGAACUUGAGCGAGAAAGAAUUGCACAAGAAAAGGCUCUAGAACAAGAGAGAAUAGAGCGAGAAAAAGCUCUAGAAAAAGAGAGAAUAGAGCGAGAAAAGGCUUUAGAACAAGAGAGAAUAGAGCGAGAAAAGGCUUUAGAACAAGAGAGAAUAGAACGAGAAAGAAUUGCACGAGAAAAGGCUUUAGAACAGGAGAGAAUAGAACAAGAAAGAAUUGCACAAGAAAAGGCUUUAGAGCAAGAGAGAAUAGAACGAGAAAGAACUGCACGAGAAAAGGCUCUAGAACAGGAGAGAAUAGAACAAGAAAGAAUUGCACAAGAAAAGGCUUUAGAACAGGAAAGAGUAGAGCGAGAAAGAAUUGCACGGGAAAAGGCUUUAGCGCUGGAGAGAAUAGAACGAGAAAGAAUUGAGCGAGAAAGGGCUUUAGAACAGGAGAGAAUGGAACGAGAAAGGGCUUUAGAACAGGAGAGAAUAGAACGUGAAAAGGCUCUAGAACAGGAGAGAAUGGAGAGAGAAAUGGCUUUAGAACAGGAGAGGAAGGAGCGAGAAAGGGUUUUAGAACAGGAGAGGAUGGAACGAGAAAGAGCUUUAGAACAGGAGAGGAUGGAGCAAGAAAGGGUUCUAGAACAGGAGAGAAUUGAACGAGAAAACGCUUUGCAGAAAGAAAGGAUAGAGCAAGAAAAGGUUGAAAGAGAGGCAAGUUUGGAAAGGGAACGACUGGAAAAGGCUGAACAGGAGAGACUGGAGCAGGAGAAAGGGCUGGAACAGGAGGGACAAGCAUUAGAAGAAGAGAGAAAAGCCAAGGCUGUGGCCGAGGAAUCUAGGAUGAUUAAAGUGGGGAGUGAGGAGCAUUUUCCUCCUACUCGUGAGAUUGGUUUUGUCCCCCUGCCCACUCCUACCCCCCUCUCCACAGGAACAUCAACAAAUGUAUCAACAGAAGCAGACAAGCAGGAAUGUGAAGUCCGUGGUCCGGUUACCUGUGAAGGCCAAGCAGAGGAGUCAAAUAAGUCACCACCGUCCUUGUUGAAAAAGUUUCGAUUCUCAAGAAACACCCCAUUGCAACCACAUGCAGCCUCACGAAUUAUCAAGAGGCCCCGUACUUUUUCUGAUACACCACAGCAUUCUGGCCCUAUUGUGGAUAGUAAUGCUGAAAGUCAAUUGCACAAAGAACAAUCUGCAAAUCUGGAUGUUACUGGGACGGUGAUAUCAGAGGUAAAACAGGUUGAAGCUGUGGAAAGUGCCCAAAAACGAGGUGAUUCAAACCUCAUGUCGGAGGAUAAAGAAGAUCAUGAUACAACUGAGGAUGCAGUGAAGGGAUCUGUUAAGAUGGCUGUAGACAGUAAAAUCUGUCCUUCAAGCCCUUUGGGUCCUUUUGGAAGAGGAAGAGAUGUAAAGAAGACAGAGAAAAAAGACACAAGAAGGUCAUCAUCAAAUGAUUCGUCUUCCUCCGAAUCCGAUUCCUCUUCAACUCACUCUACUGGUUCAUCCUCCUCAUCUGUAGACAAGACUUUCCUCUCACAGCCGAGCAGAAAUUCAUCAUCGCUUCAAGCUAUUGAGGUAUCAAAAGAGCAAGAGAAGACAUCUCCAAACCAAAUGGAGAUUUCCUCAGAGAAUGUACAAUUUAGUAAAGAUAUUUUAACCAAGCAAAAUGAAGCACCUGUCCAAGAUGACGCCCAAAGAAGAAAAGGCAGCGAUGAUGAAAAUGAAAAGCCUCAAAAUAGCCAAGGAGAGUCUGCUGUGUCAGAACCAGAAAAGGGUACUGAGGGCAACAACGAGACACCUAAAGCCUUCUCAACUCGUAAGAUCUCUCUUAGCAGCAGCAAAUCAUCUCCUGGCAGCACAGAGAAUGAUCUUGAGUUGGGGUCUGCAGGUGGUCGUAAGAGGAGGUGGGGCUCUAGUACAGCUGUCACUGCCAAAAAACCUACGAUCAGCAUCACCACAGAUUCUCUUAAGUCUUUGAUUCCAGAUAUCAAACCUGCCUUAAACCAGGAAGCAGUGAUGGACCUUCAUCCUGAGGAUCCUGUCCUGUCUGAAACUGAGGAUGAAGACAAGGACCAUACUGAUCAAGAACUUCAGAUUUGCCGAACUGUAACACAAGUUGUCAAUGUGGAGAACCAGGAGAAUGGUCAAAAAGAAGCAAAAAGAAGACGAGAAGAAUCAGAAGAAGAGGAUAUGCAAGAUGAAAAAGAGACAAAAACUUAUGAUGAAGCCAUAGAAGCACCCUCACCAUUGCACACGCGUCAUGAAGCAGAAAUUAACACUGUGACUCCUAAUGAUAUCCUCAUUCGUCGUUCGAUUAACCAGCAGAAGAUUGGUGUCUCUAUCACUAUUGAUGAUCCUGUGCGCACAGCCAGGCACCCCUCUCCUCCCCGGGGAGAUGUUUCUAACAUUGUUCAUGUCUGCAACUUGGUGAGACCGUUUACACUGGGACAACUCAAAGAACUGCUCAGCAGAACAGGCACUCUUGUGGAAGAUGGCUUCUGGAUUGAUAAAAUCAAGUCUCAUUGUUAUGUCACUUAUUCUAGCUCCGAAGAAGCAGUUGCCACACGGGCAGCACUUCAUGGCGUUAAGUGGCCUCAAAGCAAUCCAAAAGUUCUUAGAGUCGAUUUCUGCCAACAGGAUGAGCUGGACUUCCACAAAGGUUUAGGCUCCAGUGAAAGACCGGGAAGUGGAAUACAAAGUCAUAGUCAGGGUCUUCCUUCACUCCUCCCAGAGAGAGACCAGUGGGCUGAACGCGAGCGUGAAAUGGGGCGCCGGGAACGGGCACGGGCAGAGCGGGAAUGGGACAGGGAUAAGGUCAGAGAGUUUGGGAAGACUCCAGAGGAAAGGGAAGCAGGUGCACGGAGAUCUCGGUCCAGAGAGAGACGUCGCAAGGAGAGGGAAAAGAGCAAGGAGAAGAAAACUGAGAAGAAAGAGAAAACAGAAGAUCCUCCGGCAAAAUUGCUUGAUGACCUGUUCAGAAAAACAAAAGCAGUUCCUUGCAUAUACUGGCUUCCCCUGACAGAGGAACAGUAUCUUCAGCGUGAAAAGGCUAGAGUUGAAAGGAGGAAAGAACGAGAGAAGCAACGCAAAAAAGAAGAGGAGGAAGCAGAGCUGAAGAAAAAAGAGGAAGAAAACAAGGAGAGAAUGCGAACUGGAGGUGGCAUUACAGUCGACCGCAGUGAGAGCGAGAAGGACAAGAUCAGAGACAGGGACCGAGCCAGAGACCGAGGUAGGGACAGGGAAAGGGACAGGGAGGCUGACAAACGAAGGGAGGGUUAUCGUAGGCCUGGUGGCUACGCCCCCCCUAGUGGACGCCGUUCACGCAGUCGAAGUGACCCCCGAGAACGUAGGCGCUAGUUGAAAAAUGCUUAAUGGAAUUCAAGAGACCAUACUUCCAUUUGCCUUUCACUAUAUGUACUUUAAUAUGACAGACCCUAAUGGAGGACCAACUGAUGUCACAGCAUCUCUAAAAUUACUUGUUUUUAAAUCACAUCUGCACCAACAUCUGAUCAUGCUGAGAGGGGACCAUUAUUCUUUUGCAGUGUUUUCCAGAAUGCUGUACGUCUUGCCAGUGUCAAGAGUCAAGUUCUCUUUGUAUGUUUGCCUUAUUUUGUCUUGACAGCAUUGCGUUAUAGCACUGGAUAAUUAUAAGUAUCCUCUGAUGUUCCCUGUUGCUGCUUAAAUGUAGGUGUUGACUAACUUGCAAUCAGUUGCCUCAAGUGUUAGCAGCUCAGCUCUAAGGUUCAGUCCUUCGGUUGCUGUUGUCAGAGGAUGUCCUGCAGCAUUGGGAUAAACGAACAUAUCUGUCUCUUUUCAGCGGCAAAUAACAUAAGAAAUAUUUGGAGAUACGAAGUUUAACAUUUUGUACAGACAAAAUAAUCAAAAGCCAAGUCUGUAAAUGAGGCAGCUUUGGGAUAUUUUUGGACAGGUGUAUAAUAACAAACCAAGGUAUUGUAGUGUUCUUCUCACCUUGAGCCAAAUCUUCACAGGCCUGAUCUGUUUAUGAUUAUGUCCUCAACAUUUAAUCUGUUCUAUUUUUCCCUCAUCCCCUCCUGUAGUAUUCAUGCAGGUUUCAGAGGGAGUACGCUCACUGAUGGUUUUAAUAUUGUUUUUAAUUGCUAUUUUAUCAUUUUAGUACAAAGGGUUUUUUGUUUUUUUUUUGUUUUUUUUUAAUUUUCUUUAAGUACGCCUAUUGGUGAAUGUACAAAUAAUAAAAAUUGAGACUUAAAAUCCUUUCA